AGAAACAACUGUUCUCUCAAGAAUGAAAACUAGAGUUUUCCUAAAAAAUUAGGAAGAUGUUAAGGUACCAUAUGGAACUAACGAAUAGAGGAAGUCAUGGUGAAGAACCAAGCAAUCUGUCGACUCUCAUCAAAAUAAUUGACAAAUAAGUCAGAAUCGAAACAUGGUUUUCUUUUUUUAUGAUGGGCAUAUUCCUAUUCUUUCUUUUUCUCCUUUUUUUUUCUUUCAACUAAAGUAACACUAAUUGGAAAAAUGUUUUCUUGUUAAACAAAUUUAACAUUCAUUCAAAAAAAGUGAGAACUUUACUAUCUUUUUGAUGAGAUUAAUUAAUAUCAUCCACUAACAUAUUAACAUCUCUAGAACCAGUUUCUCAAAACAUUUUAAAGUCUUCCGUGAAAGAAACUCAUCCUUUUUUUUAAUUACUUUAAUUUUUUCAUUCUUGAGAAACCCACACAGAUAUUAUCAUUGUAACUGCUUUAAAACUGAUAUAUGCAUAUUUUAGGAAUUAGUAUAAACGAUUGAAUCUAAAUGCAAUAUAAUACGUGACAAUCAGCGAACGUAUUGUUUUGUAUAGACAUUAAUACAUUUCUUUAAAACACUAUUACACAUUAAUCAUUGUUAUGAUCUGUGACAUUCAACAAUCAUAAACAUCGCACUAAACCGGAUUGGUUAAACUGCGAAGUUGGUACAAGAAUUAGAAGAAGGAGAUAACCGGGUUGGUUAUUAGAAGUCGGCUUCUGGUUCAGAGAGUACCGGUCUCCUUUAUAUAUCGAAGGAGAGAGGAGGAGUUAGUUACAACGAGAAGAUUCAGCUGCAUUCAGCUAGAAAGAAUAGACUUUACAGAAUCAGAGAAAGAUAGAAGAUUGUUCUUGAGUUUGCUGUGAUUGUAUCUCUUGAUCAUCUUUCUUGUAUACUUUCGGAGUGAUUAGUGAAGUGUUGCUUGUGCCGUCAAGCCCCAGAUGUACCGGUUCCUAAUCGGAUCCCGAACUGGGUUACCAAAUCUCUGAGUCUCUUUCAUCUGUUCUUUACUUGUUCUUGAUUAACUAAACGAGAGCGUGAGUGGGGUUGAGGAAACAAACACAGUAAGAUAGAGAGCGAACUGAGAUUAGGAUUACGAAUUGGAGCUUGGGAGAUCGAUUCUUCUCAAUCAUGAUACUACAAAAUAAGAAAAAGUAGAUUCCUGUAUUUAAGUAGAGAUAUAUCUGAAAACAGCUUGCACAUUUACAUUAAUGCAAAAUCUUACCUCACAAAUGGAAUAAUAUAAGCACUAAAACAGAAACCUUGAUACACAUUUUUAAAACAGUAGUACACAUAUGACAUAUUCAUGAUACAUAGCAUUCAUGUAUUUAAGUAGAUGUAUACCUGAAACAACUUGCACAUAUUUACGUUAAUGAAAACUUUUACUACAAACAGAAUAAUAUAAUCACCAAGUAUGAAACAAAUAAAACUAAAAGAUAAUAUUAUCAUAUAAACCGCUCCAUAAUUAUACACCUGAUAUGUAACGUUUUUAGACUGUAUAUAUGUUAACUAUUACAUAAUAUUUGUUUCUUUCUUUUUUUUGUUAAUACAUGCAGAAGGUCCACAAUCCCUAUAUAAACAAACAUUAACAACAUAGGUUAGCAACAACAACGAUUAACAAAAAAUUAAGUUACUUCCAAUUUUGUAAUCAUCUCUUCAAACCAAAAAAAAUGGGAAGCAAAAGAGUGACCAUAAUGUUCAUUACGAUGAUGGUAGUCAUUGGAAACUUUGUCGUUCAAACAGAAGCUCAAGCUUAUCCUUUUAGAAGUUGUUUCCCAGGUUGUAUUGUGAGUUGUGCCAUUGAGAAGAAGUUUCCAACUGGUUUGAUGUGUCCAUUCACUUGUUUCAUGACAUGUCUUCCUCCUCCAACAUCAAAUAUUCCUUCUCCUCCUUCUCAAAUGAUUUCGGCAAACGAAAAAAUUGAUAAUAAUAAUGUUUACUGUAAACUUGGUUGUGCUACUCAUCAUUGUCUUCCUCUUUCUUCUCUCCAAAAUCCCAAUGUUGACAAAGUUGUGGACUGUGUCGAUUCAUGCUCAGACAGAUGCUCCAACAAGAACUAGAAGCAAAUUUAUUAAAUGUUAUUUUAUGAUAAAAAACGAUGUUUAAGUAUCAUAAGAUAUGAGCUAGAGUAGUUUGUAUCACUACAAUUCAAUCAAAAUAUUGUGCUACAAGCAAAUCAACAGAUGAAUUUGUGGACCAAACAAAAACAAAAUGAUAAAAGAAGGACAUUUAAUAUUACUGUGGCAAUCUUAUAUAUUUGUAAGGAUUUUUAACGUUAAAAUUCUUCAACUAAAUUUAUUCUGGGUGAACUCCUCCAAACUAAAUAUUUAACGAUAAAACCCUCAAACUAACUUUAUUUAAUGAAUAAAACCGUAGCAUGUCAUAUUUUCCAAUACUACCGGUAAAUCUUUAGUUUAGGGUUAUCUACGUUAAUGAAAUAUAGUUAGUGAGUUUUACCAUUAAAAAUUUAAAAAAUAAAAAAAAUUCAAAAUUUUAUGAUAUUAUCUGAAUUUUUUUAUAAUAUUAUCUAAAA